CUGUGGUCUGAAGUUUCACAGACUGCGCUGAAUCCACGCACCACGCGGGUCAUGCUGCGUUUGUCCGGAUUUGAAUCUUUCUGUUCGACCACUUUUAUUCAAACUUCUUUCUAAGCAGUGGGCCAGUAAAGAGCAGUAAAGAUGUCAACCUGCUGCGCUCUUCUCUCUACGGCAGCCGUGCUCAUUCUCCUGCUGAGCGUUUCGGUUCGCGCUCAGUCUUCCUUAACUCGGCAAAGCAGGACUUCCGAGCCUUUAGUGGUACCUCGCCAUGUUUCCAGAAUUUACCUCAGCAGAGAGGAAUUUGAACAGCUGCACUUCAAGCACGAUACUCGCUUCAUCAAGCUAUCCGACGGUAAUGAAGCUAAAUUCAACUGCUCCAUCGACAUACCCAGCACGAUGCCCGAAAUAAGCAUAAUGUGGAGCAAGAACGGCGAGGACCUGCCCGAUAACAUUCACAAAGUCAGUGAGCUGCGGACCAUCACAGACGGCAUCAUGACUGUUUUCUCCACGGUUUUCAUCAAUCGAGUGGGCAGAUCUGAUGCUGGAGAGUAUCGCUGCAGUCUGAGCAUCAACAAUGAAAUAAAACAGUCGCAGCCUAUUUUUCUCGAGGUGGAAGGCCUCCCAACGUUCACACAACAGCCAGAGGACGUGAACAUCACAAGGAACACACCUUUCAAUCUGUCAUGUGUGGCAGAAGGACCUCCAGAACCCGUUCGGAUCCUUUGGCGUCGUAAUGAACUGCCCUACAACAACAAUCAGGAUUCUCCCAGCAUCCUCCAUGUUCCAGGUGUUGACAAGUAUACGCAUUUCAGCUGUGAAGCUCACAACGCGAAAGGCGUCACCACGUCAAGAGUGGCAAGUGUUAACAUCAAAGUUCUGCCGAGUCCUGUGUCGGACCUUCAAGUGACUGAAAGGCAGUCCAAUAAGCUGAUGCUGACGUGGUCGCCCGGACAUAACGGUUUCUCCCCGAUCACCAAAUGCCAGAUCAGAGUGAAGGAGGUGAGUUCCAGGAAAGGCGAGGUGAUGACCACCAGAUUCAUCAACGCAGCGGUGCCUCCUUUUCACUGUGAAGUUCCGGGCCUGAAAGCCAUGACGCGGUACAACAUGAGCGUUUCCUGUAGCAACGAGUUGGGGUCAUCUCCUGUCUCGGCGUGGAUCCAGAGCAACACCACAGAAGGAGUGCCAUCGGUUUAUCCUCGAAAUGUCACCGUGCAGCUGAACGAAUCCUGGCUGAUGAUCAAGUGGAGGCCUCCUCCUGAGGAGAAGAUGAACGGCGUCCUCCGGGGUUAUGAAGUUGUUGUGAAAUACAACACACAAUCCAGUAAGGUCCACACUGCCAACACCGAGGUCUUCAUCCCUGUGAAGGAAUUAAACACAACCUACAGUGUGGUGGUGGCAGCCUGCACCCAGGCUGGGGCCGGCAUGUCCAGCCCCCCCGAGAGCCUCUUUGUGCCCGCGGACAUAGUGGUGAUCCCCCCCUCCGGACUUGACACAGGGGUCCCCUACUCUGUUUUGGCUGUGCUGGCCGUGGUGUUCAGCGUCUGCCUUCUGAUGAUUGUCUUCUGGGUGACUCUCUGCUAUCACAACAGAACUUCCAGUUCCUGCUUUGGGCUGGAGUGUGGACAGAGUGAAAAGCAGGAGCCGAUCAUCCAGUUCACCAACCACCGAUCCUACAACCGAUCAGCAGUGGUCGUCACAUUGAGAAACCUCGGCAUUAGCGAUGAGCUUCAGGAGAAACUGCAGGAUGUGAUGAUCCAGAGGAAUUUUCUGACGAUAGGAAAGAUUCUCGGAGAGGGUGAAUUUGGCUCAGUGGUUGAGGGACAUUUAACACAACAAGAUGGCACACAUGAAAAAGUUGCUGUAAAGACGAUGAAAUUGGACAGCUUCUCUCAGAGGGAGAUUGAGGAGUUCCUGAAUGAGGCAGCCUGCAUGAAGGACUUUAACCAUCCCAAUGUCAUCAAACUGCUCGGCGUGUGCUUGGAAACAAGCUCCGGACACUUCCCCAAACCCAUGGUCAUCUUACCUUUCAUGAAGUAUGGAGAUCUACACAGCUACCUGCUGCGCUCGCGCCUCGGGGAGAGUCCGCUGUUUUUACCCGUUCAGACUCUCCUGAAGUUCAUGGUGGACAUCGCUGCGGGGAUGGAGUAUCUCAGUGGGCGAAACUUUUUGCACCGUGACCUGGCAGCAAGAAACUGCAUGCUGCGUGAUGAUAACACCGUUUGCGUGGCCGACUUUGGUUUAUCUAAGAAGAUCUACAGCGGGGAUUACUACAGGCAGGGCAGAAUUGCCAAAAUGCCUGUGAAGUGGAUUGCAGUGGAAAGUCUCGCUGACAGAGUUUUUACUGUAAAGAGCGAUGUGUGGGCAUUCGGAGUGACCAUGUGGGAAAUUGCCACUCGCGGCAUGACGCCAUACCCCGGAGUGCAGAACCACGAGAUUUAUGACCAUCUCAUCGAAGGGAACAGAUUGAAGCAGCCACCAGACUGUUUGGAUGAACUGUAUGAGAUCAUGUACAGCUGCUGGAGAACGGACCCGAUGGAUCGCCCCGUGUUUACCCAACUGCGGGAAAUGUUGGAAAAGCUGGUGGAAAAGCUUCCAGAGUCGACCAGCAGAGAAGGCACCAUUUAUAUCAACACCAGCUUUCCUGAAGAGGACCCUGACGGGGACGCGCCAGUCUCAAGCUCCUCCCCUUCCUGCAGCCAUAAGGCAGCAAAAAACACUGUGGUCACCGCAGACGUUCACGAACACCUCGAGGACGAGGAGGACGAGGGUAGUGACCGCUACGUGGUGGUGAUCUCUUCUAACUCUUCCCAGAAACCCACGGUGGACACUCCUCUUUUGUCGAGUGAUUCGUUAAGUCGGGAGGACACGGUUACUGACGGGACGGCGACGGAUCAAGGCUCAAGUGACACUUCGCGUCUUUUGUAACAGUUGGUACAAAAACUGUGGCAAGAACUCAUGAAGGUUCUUUAGUACUAACCUGGAACUCUUUCCCAUUUCCCUGUUGUUCCACAGGUUUAAGUGGCCAGCUUAUUGUUCUGUGUAUGUGUAUGUGUACAUGUUUUUCAUAAGCUUAAUGUACCUCUCAACUGUGAAAACCUUUACGGUCCAGCAUGAAUAAAACAGAACAUGUAGACGAUGAUCUGGUAAAAACAAGGAAAACACUUUAAUUUAUUUGUGAAAAAGCCAGUAAUACUACACUAUAAUAAUACUUUAAAAUAAUAUGCAAUAGUGUAAAAAUAAAAACAGCUCUUAGUUAUAUAAUGCAAAACUAUGCUUAAAAAUGUCGCUUUGAAAGAAUUCAGAAAGAUAAGCUGCUGUGCCACUUUGAUCAAAUACAUUAUAUUUUGGUAUGUUUUAUAGUCCUUUAAAUAUUACGUUUUCUUUUCUGUUUCUUCAUUUACUAGAAGUUGAUCUAUGAUCAAAUGUUACAUUUAAUGUCUCUACCAUAUUUGAUUUGUUUUAAUUUUGCAUCCAGAAAAAGUGGUUAUUAAAUAUAUAUAUAUAUAUAUAUAUAUAUUGUUCUUAUUUUGUUUACCAAAGUUGUGACAAUCUAUUGUCUAUUAAAAAAUAUUGUCGUAGAUGAGUUAUUCAACUGUAGACUUUUUUUCUUUUAAUUAUUAUUAGUUUAAAGGCAUUAAAAUAAUACUAUUUUCAGUGCAAACAUCUACAUGCACUGUGGAUAGUGUUAUUUUUUUUUUUUAGAUUCUGAAAUCCACUUAAUAAAUUAUCACAUAAUGCAUUUAAUCUUAUUAAAUGCUUUAUAAGUUGUAGUUUCUAAUAUUUGCAGUUUAUUUUCACCCCCCCCCUCCUUCUUUAAUAAAUGAUUGUAAAACAACAACAACAAAAGCAUUUUUCAUGCUCACAACAUCUGUUCCUGAAAACUGCUAUAAAGUUCUAAGUUCUG